AUGGUCCUCCACAACCCUAACAAUUGGCACUGGGUGAACAAGGAUGCUUCUGGCUGGGCCAAGGAGUACCUGUCCAAAAACCUCACCGUUAUCAGUGCCGAGGAUGGGGGCGUGUCAGCCAAAGUAGACAAAGUCGUGUCGAUGGAUGGCGACGUAGAUGUCAGCCAGCGCAAGGGCAAGGUCAUUACCCUGUUCGAUGUGAAGCUGUCGCUAGAGUAUUCAGGUAAGACGAAAGACGGUGAGGAAGUCACCGGCUCCAUCAACAUUCCCGAGGUCGCCCACGACACCGAGGCAGAUGAGUUCGUCUUUGAGAUCGAGAACCACGGAGACUCUGCUACCAAGCAGCCCGUAAAGGAUCUUGUCCGAUCUAAGAUCACCCCUCAGCUGCGCGCUGCCCUGUCGAAGCUCCCCAAUGCCCUCGUCACGGAACAUGCCAAGGAUCUCCAGCACGCUCCAGGAGUCAACCCUUCCAGCGGCUUCACCCCAGCCCCUGUCCACCCUCAGACUGGCAAGAACCAGGCCGCGCCCGCUGCCACUACUACAACCACAACCUCUGGCAAAGCUCACGUCAACACUACCACAGUGACAGCUUCGGAUGAGAUGCGCACAACCGCCGAGGAGCUCUUCAUUACGUUCACAGACCCCCAGCGCAUUGCCGCGUUCACCCGUGGCCCACCGCGCCAAUUCGAGGGCGCCAAAGUUGGUGGUAAAUUCGCCAUCUUUGACGGCAAUGUCACUGGCGAGUAUGUCUCUCUCGAUAAGCCUAAGCAGAUUAUCCAGAAAUGGCGUCUUGCGCAGUGGCCGGCCGACCACUUCAGUACCCAGAAGAUCACCUUUGACCAGAAUGAUGUCGAUGGUGUCACCCAGAUGCGUGUCGAGUGGUCCGGUGUCCCCGUUGGACAGGAAGAUGUGACCAAACAGAACUGGGACAACUACUACGUCCGCAGUAUGAAACAGACUUUCGGGUUUGGCACUAUUCUCUAA